AGGUUGAGGAGCGCUCUGAAGUGUUCGAACUGCGCUCGAUUGAGGUUCUUGGUCAGUCCAUCAGCUGGCAUGCUCUGUGUUGGCAUAUAUGAGACCUGGAAUUUGCCCUUUUGGAACUCCUGCUUGAGCCACAUUUGGUCUCGAAAGAAGCGUUGUAAGGCGAUCGUUUCCUUGGCUGUGGCCGAGAGGGCGUACAGUUCAGCCUCUGUGGUUGAGGUGGUUACCAGGCUUUGCUUUGUUGCUUUCCAUUGUAUAGAACCUCCGAAUAGGCUGAAGAUAUAUCCUUGUGAGGAUUUUCGGUUCUCUGCAUCGUCGGCAAAGGAAGCAUCUCCGGCGAUUAGCAGGGCUUGA